GAGCCGCAGUGUUGAACCGUGAUCCGAAGAGCGCGGGUAGUUUUUGGUUGCGUCAUUGGUUCUGGGCAUCGUCGAACUUGAAUUUUGAACUUUAGCAAUUAGAGGAAAGGACAAGUUUGGUACUGAGGACAGGGGGGAAGUAAUGGGAUGGACAGUGCCGGGAGAUCAUGAAGAAUACUGAACUAUUCUCAUGGUAAAAGAUUGCCGGGUGAGACGAGGAGGAGGAUUGGAAAACACUAGCGAGAGGAGACGAGUCGAGUUGCUGCCCAACCCUCGGGGAAAUGGGGAAAAAGGGUGCUAAGAGGAAAACUCGGUGGAGGAGCCUGAGCAUUGGCGCUCCACCAGGAGAAGAAGACGAAGAAGAUGAUGUCCACAAUGGAUAUCAGACGGAGAAUAGAAAUGGAUCUGCAAGGGGUGAGCGAAAUAUGCAAGGAGGAUAUUCAUCCUACAAACGCACCAGGCCAUAUAACAAUACUACGAACACAUAUGGUUACGGAUAUGGGUCAUUGCACAAUGGUCAAUCCAAGUCUGCACAAUCUAAGAAUGACGAUGAUCCGACAAAACCAAAAAUUGUUUUCAACGAAGAGGAAUACAUGAGAAUAACAACGCCUCGGCAGGAUGUUCUUUUCAAAAAAGGCUACCUUUCUCGCAAGAAACCUUUGGCUAGUACUGCGAGCACGAGUGCAACCAGUGCCACCACCACUCCAUCUACCAAUGACAGCCAGUCUGCAGCACAUUCCACUGCUGAUGGUAGCGAGACCGCAGAGGACCAGCAAUUGCUGGAUGGUAGCAACGGCGGCAACUUUGCCAUUGUACCGGAAGCAGCAGCCCAAUUUGCAUAUGGAGGUUUCUACGACCAAGUCACUGGAUAUUACUACGAAUAUCCAGUCAUGUUAGUUGGCCCUCCUGUUCCUGGAAAUCCCACUCCUAAUGUACUUGCUGCGAUGUCAUGUGGACCCGUUCCACUUAGACCUGUAGAAUGGUUUAACCCUCAGUAUAUGCCAGAGUCUUUACAAGAACAACAUCCUCCUUCACAUUCGACGGACUCUCAGGCAGGAAGCUGUGGGUCAUCCGUAUCAAUGGAUGAAGUUGGGGGCGCUGCAGCACCUGCAAACGUAGAACUCGUUAGUACUUGUGAGAACAGAGAUGAAGAAGUAGCACAAGAUGUGCAAGAAUCAGAAGUCGUGGUUGUUGACGAAACAACAACUGAAUGUGUACUGCCUGCUCAAGUGAUGCCACAGAUAGUACCGCAUAUGCAUAUACCGCCACAGCAUUACGUAUAUCCAGGUCAUUUUAUGUUUGGCCCACCGAUGGUCAAUAUGAAUGGUGUAACGAUACAAAACGGUGCCAUUGUUCCCAGUGAAGCACUAUGGGCCAAGCGAAGGAAGAAGAAGAAAAGGAGAAAGCAAAGACGUCCUCUUGCAGUUGGUAAUACGGAAGAUGAGGAAGAAGAGUACAGCUCAGAAUGGGAGUCUGGUUCUAAUUGGUCUCAACCUGCUUGGUCUACGAGUACAGUGACUGCAGCACCAAAUGAAUUUGUGAUCUCCAAGCCACUCAAUCCUGAAGUUCAAGAAUUUCAGCUCAGGACCACAUUACCUGUGCUGCCUGACGCACCCGAUGUUAAAACACCUAGUUUGGAGAACGCUGAAUCGCCUUCCUUGCUGUAUCCAGCUGAAACAGGAGUGGACAAAUGUGAAGUAACAGAGACAGAGACAGAGAACGAGGCGAGGCGUAUUUCAGUUGAUAAUAUAAAUCUAACGAAUUUAGACAAUGGAAAUUCAGGACGUCAAACGUUGAGUGAAAUUACAGUGGAAAAUGGAAGGGUAAAAGAUACUGAAAACAUUCGUGAAACUGUAUUAAAUAUCAUUGAUCUAGAAACCAAGUCAUCAGAUCAUAAAGGGACAUCACUGACAGAGAAGGCUGAAGAAGUAGUUAAGGGAGAUCCUAAGACAGAAUCGGCUGCUUCUGAAGAAGAAGUAAAAAAUCUGCAACCUUCAUUAUUAAAUGAGACUGCAAUUUCAAAAAACCAAAAGAUACUUGGUGAAAAGCGUUCUACUGUUGAAAAUGGAGUCAAGACUAAGGCAUCAAAUAGGGUUGAGCACGAAAAUAGCAUCAAUAAUCUAAGUAACAUUGAAUCUGAAUCUGUAUUAUCAAAUAGUCUUACAGCAGAAACCUUUGAUACAGAAAGGAAUGGAACCAGUAACAAUGCUAACUUGUCAAUCAAAGAAAAUGAUAAGAAAUCUGAUAUUUCCCAGCAGAAAACUCUGAAGGAAUCUACAAGAACAAAUGGUCAAAAUAUUAAGUCAAUUGCAUCAGACUCAAAUCAAUCUAAAUCAAGUCUUGUAUCUAAUGGUAAAAAAGUUGAAAGUGAAACGACGAACAAAAAAAGUGGAAAUAAGAAUGUGAAGAAGGGUAAAACCAAAGCAAUGGAUGCAAGGAAGCCCACUCGCAACAAGCGUGAGCCAAGAAAUCCUCAGCGGAAUGAUUCAGCAUCAACUACAGUAUCUACAGAAUUGUUGCAGGAAAGAGAGAGAUCAGUUUCUCCCGAUACUAGGCAAGCAUUGGAUUUGGAGAGUUCAGUGUCACAAUUGCCCGCCAGAAAGCCAAGUUCAAGGCCAACUAGUCCAGAGAUCAAUCAAACAACGACUCCAAUAAACGCCGAAACUCACAGACUGCCAGAAAUCUAUGAAUCUUUAGUCACCAGAUCGUCCCCGCAUUCAAUUACCCCCUCUCCACCUCUCACUGGUGCACCAGUUGCACCACCUAGGAGAAAAUAUAGUGCCAAAGGGUUGAAAUUCGUGAGAGAACCUACACCUGGACCAGAUUUAGACACUGACGUUAAAUCUGACAAUGAAGAGGGUAGCAAGAUUGACGAUAACUUGAGAUUACAAGAUGAUAAGGUUGAAAGUAUAUCUGUCGAUCAAGUGGUGCAGAUUGCUGGAGUUUCCAGUAAUACUAUUUCACAAAUUGACUGCAAAGAUGAGAGUGUAGACGUACCUGCCCAAGGAUCUUCUAUUAAAGAUGAUCAUACGAACGAAAACAACAACAAGAAUUCCGUUUCCAAGAUAGAUAGCCACUCCACGACACACAAAGUACAUGAUGUCAAUGAGAAAGUUGAAUUGCCAUUAGACUCAGAUUUUGAACCCAAGGUUAUUUUGAAUAGGCCUGGUACUCCUGUGGAAACAAACGUAAUUAUCGCGAGUUCCGUCGAUGUUGACUCUCUGGGUGAUGUUGAUGUUGGCAAACAGGAAGUGAACGUGGUAUCGAAAGGCUCUGAUCAUCCUAUAACUGAUGCUGUUGCCGCGUGGUUAGCAAGAACAAAGUCACCAGAAAUGUUCAGAGUACCGAUGCCUAUAUCUGAUUGUGAUGAUUCCGACUUAUCAGAAACAGAAAUAUACGAUGGCGAUCCAAACAAGCAGCCGUCAAAAAACUUGCACGGCAACCCCAUGCCUGCACUAUCUGUUAGUAACGGAUCGAUCGAUAACUGUAGAAGAACGCGAUCGAACGUUGUUACUAGUGAUACUAUUACAAAGACUGACACUUUUGAUAUUUUAAAAACCAUCAAAAGGAGAAGAGAAAAAGACAUUGACAAUAUAGAAGAUAUUUCUCCAAUGAAUGAAGCUAAGACAAGCAUGGAAGCGACUUCAAGGAGUGUCAGGGUUUGUGACUUUAUCAUUAAGGAUAGCGCUGCUGGCAUGAGGGUUGCCGAAAACUCUCGGGUGGAUUUGAACAGACUAAACACAGAAGAGAAACGAUUAAAAGACAAUACGAAGAGAAGUUAUAUUGAGAGUAUUGAAAUGAAAAUCAAGAAUACUAGAUUUAACGAUGACAUGACCGAAGACGGAAUCGAGGUAUUGGAAAAUUUCAAAACUUACGAGCGAGGAGAAAUCAUGGUAUUAGAUGGGAAACUAUUGACUGGAACUGUGCACGAUUCAACCUGUUUGGAAAAAAGUAACCUACAGGAUCCAGGAAUUAUUGAAGAAAUGAAAGAGUCAAAUAACAAUCACAGAGAAACUGCAAAGAACCAUGCAAAAUAUAUAGAUUUAAAUGAACCGAUUAACGUAAAUGGGAAUAGUGAACAUGAAAUGAGUCCUGAAGGAACAUUAAAUUCCCUUGGUAGCAUCGAAGAACCAGAUGUAUUGGAAUGUUGGGAAACAGAAAUAAUGGAACCUGUUGUAACAUUAAAAAAUAACAGUCGAAUGAAACUUCAAAUCAACGGUAAAGUCCAUGAAGGAGAAGCGACAGAAGAAGAAAAUUAUGGUAAUCACAGUGACUCUACGAACAGGGAACAUGUGAAGAAGUAUUACAGGCUCGCGAGGGAGUACACACUAAGCAUCGAAGAUGAACUAAGCGAACGUGCGUUGAAGCAAAUGAACAGUAAUAACAUCAGUUCAAAUUCAAAUUCGCCCAAGCGAACACCGCCAAAUACUCCAGAACGCAUGAUCGAAUGUUUAUGUAGUGAAGAGAUACCGAUUAUUGUACCGCUCCCUAAAUCGACAUUAGGUAAAGCAAACAAGGUUGUGACAGGUGAAAUGCGAAAUGAAACUGUCGACGAAGCAUUUGAAGUAUAUGAAAGCUGUUACACGGGAAGGACAAGAUUGGCUGGCAUACCUCAGCUUAAUGUUGAGGGAUCGAAGAUUCCCCUUCAGAAUCAAGAGGGACCCAUACCAUGUAAAGCGGUAUGUUGCAAUAUACAGUAAAAACUCAUACAGAUGGGAAUCUUUGACUUAUGUCCAAGUUUUGAAAAGAGAAAUGAUAAAUGUUUGAAAUUUUAAAAUGCUUUUUAUAACCUUGUUGAACUAAAUUCACUGGUAUGAGAAUAAUUGUGGAUCAGGAGGGGAAAAAAAAUUAAUAUAAAAAUAAGAUACGUAAAUGGUAAAAUAGUUCCACGCAGCUUCCCAUUUUUGUAAAUAGUUCACGGUCACCAAUACUUCAUUGAUAUGAACAAUGUUUAGCCCGAAAUGUUAUAAUGAAUUGCCUACAUUUCGUAAUGAUAAAAUAUAUCUAUUUAAUAUUAUGUAUUAAUCAUUGAAUUACUAUUGAAUAUAGAAACACGUUGUUGGCUACACGUUCGCUGUUAUACAUUUGGCAGGUUAGCUAUUAUUAUAAGACACACCUGUGACGAAUAAUAUUCAAUUUGAUCGUAAGGCGAUUUUCUUCGAUAGUAUGACUAAGGAUUAUGACAAAGAGUCAGCUCCGUGAUUAAAUUUUAUUACUCUUGAGUUGAACAUAAAUUUAAGAAUAAAAUAUUGUUCGGGACUGGAUACUAAAGUACCAAAUUACAAAAAUUAAUAAAACUAAGAUUAAAAAGAAGAAAGAAAUCCCACACAAGGAAAUAAAGAACUUGAAAGACUAUCUUAUACGUCUUUACUCUGUACAUAUCAACAAACGUUAAUUAGCAAAAAAAAAAAAAAAAUUAUCAUCGUUCCAUCACCAUACUGUCAAAGCUAAAAUCGAAGAUGCAUGGUUGAAAGAUUCUUUGAAGACUAUUAUUUCAGCAAAUUAUACAUAUACUUUUAUAUAUACAGAUAUAUAUUUAUAUAUACAUAUUUGUGUACAUACACGGCAGCGUACUCUUUGACCUAUUUCUUGGAGCAUAGAAGAAGCUAAAUUAGGAACUAGGUCGCAUAAUUUGUGACGGACCUAACUUUGUUCCAAUUAAAGGUUUUGCUGAUGUAAUUGAAUGCUGUUAUAUAAUAAAUAAUAAGCAGGAUUAUGAAUCGUUACAUGUUGGUGAGGUAUAUUUUUCACGAUCUUCACGUCCUUGUUAUAUGAUUAUGAACUGGUAUAAUAGGAACUUAGCUGCAAAGUCUUGCAAAAUUAAAAUACCUAAAAUGUUUUUUUUUUCCGAACUUUAUUAACAAAGUUUCAAUCUUGCUCAAAAGAAAUUUUAGGUGUGUAAGCCAGGGAUUUAUUUAGAUGCCAUAACUUAUAAUGGCGAUGUUAAUCUUUCACAAUUGACGAAAUACUAAAGAAAAAAGAAACAGAAAAGUGUAAAUCAGUUUAUUGAGACUCCAAUUAAAAUUUGAACAGGACCCCUAUGAUAAACUUGUUAAAUAACAAUAAUUAUAAUUGAAGCGAAAGUACAGGAUUUUUUAUAAAUGCAAGCACGACGCAUAUUUAACGAAUAACUGCGUGUUAAAACCCAGUGUUAUUUACAACAAAUAUAUACUAUGCAACAGGAACAUACCAUUUUAGUACGUAAACACGAAAUAUCGAUAAUAUGAUCGAGCAAUGGUCAGUGAAAAACAAUAAGCAACAAAUAAUCCAAUAUAUCUAGUAAUAAUGCCUAGUCACGAUUCAGUAAAAAUUUAAGUAAUUCCAUUAAUGUGUGAGACAUGACCAGGUUCUGGCAUGUGUCUGCAAUUAUGUAGUGAGUAAUUGUCUGCAGUGAAGAAAACUUGAAGUUUAGCUUGAUGAAAUUAUGUAGAUUAAAAUAAAAAAUUAACUGAUGAACGUAUGAUGAGUAUUUUCUAACGUGUGACAUAUGCACUGUAGCUUGUGUUUUAGUUAGUUCAUGCUAGCUGGCCUUUGCAGAUUAGAUCGAGUGAAAUUCAAAUGUGUAAAGAACAGGUUCACAAGUGAAAUGAUUGUUGAUAUCUUGAGCAUGAAAUAAUGCCAAAUCAGGGUUUGCGAGGAGAAAUAAAGUAUGAAAAGAGAGAAAUACCAUACACAUGUUCAUUUGAAGUCAAUAUAUUCUAGUAUGUCAUCUCGUGGUAAGAGAGAGUAUGGAUUAUGCAUAUAUCUUAAUUAAAGAAAUGUGAAAAAAUAGCUUUAGUUGUAAAAUUAGUUUUUGCUGAAUCGCGGUAAAAAAGUAACAACUUCCACACAAUACUAUUUGUAGGAAAAAUUAUGCGAAUACUCUAGUUAUAUGAAACGCAUCAUUCGUUGUUCGAUCUUCAUGUAGAAUCCAUCAAUGCGAAAUUAACUAAACAACACAAGUAAGAAAAUAAAUUUUUAAAAAUACACUGUAACCAUACAAAGUGCGUGUUGCAUCAAGUGUGUGCCUUAUACUGUGGCGGCCAUUUUUUCUAACCAUUUAAGAGGAAAUCCUCGAGUAAGCGACGACUAACAAACAAAUUCAAUAAAAAUGCAUGUUUCAUAUUUCAAAUAUGAUAAAAUAAACCACAUACGAUAAUUGAUUGACACAACA